UACAGGCAGAUCUCUGACCUGGUUUGUGGUAGUUAAUGUCUGAAGCUGAACACUGACUUUCAAUCUUCAUCUUAAAACAGUUAUUUCAGUUUCAUUUUUGUUCAAGUGGAGGAAGCUUUGAUCUCUGCAGUCACUGGUUUGUUCAGUGCACCUGGUCACCUGGUAUAAAUAUGUGUGUCAUCUGCAUAACUGAGGAAGACUAGAAACCAAACCUCUGAAUGUUCACACAGAUAUGUUCUUUCUCCCACCCAGGAAAAUUAAAGAAAGCCUCAGCUGACCUGGAACAACGAACAAAUACCUUCAUUACCUUCAGUCCGUUAGACUGCUAUAAUGACCUGCUUACUGGUUUACCUGACAUUGGCUUCAGUGUGUCACAGCAGAAUUAAAAUCCUGCUAUUUUUAUGUCUUUACAUUCAUCUAUGUAUCAGAACUGUCUGAUUAUGUUAAACUAAAAAAAUCAAAUGUUUUAAUUAUGUCAAUAUUUUCUUUUAAAGUUUCUCUUCCCUUCCAUGAAGCUGCUUCGUGUAUGAAUAUCAGUCUAUAAUUAAAUUUACCUUGUGUUGCUUUAAAGAGCUAUUAAAAGGCUCAUAUUUGAGUCAGAUUCAGCAGGUGGAUGGUGGAGGAUCUGAACCAGCUGAUUCAGUCUGUGGUAUCCAGAUGAUUAACGGCUGGCUCAUCAUUUUAACAGAAGUUUCACCACCUGUACAGACCUUUUCUGGUCACUUGUGCCAAACAGAGUGAAUGAGCUGUGUCAUGCUGCUUGAUAACCCAUAAAGCUAACCUCCAUAACGACCCAGAGCCUCCGGUGUUCCUGACUGCCAGCUGGCCUGCAGAGCCGCACUGCGGGCAACAUACACUCUCUAACCCCGACUUUGGAGAGGAUCAUCCUGAGUCACGUGAGACCACUGGUGAGCACACAGCUGGACCCCCUGCAGUUUGCUUACCGGCCUAGUGUUGGGGUGGACGAUGCAGUGAUCUACCUACUGCAUAGAUCACUGCUACACCUGGAGGACAGUGGGAGCACUGUGAGGGUCAUGUUUUUUGACUUUUCUAGUGCUUUCAACACGAUCCUGCCGCCACUGCUCAGAGUGAAGUUGGAAAGUGUGGGAGUGGACCAUUACCUGGCUGCAUGGAUGAUAGACUACCUCACCAACAGACCACAGUACGUGAGGCUUCGUCACUGUGUGUCUGCUGUGGUGCUCUGCAGUACAGGUGCGCCCCAGGGUACGGUGCUCUCCCCUUUUCUCUUCACCCUGUACACCUCGGACUUCACACACAACACCACACACUGCCACGUCCAGAAGUUCUCUGACGACACAGCCAUUGUUGGGUGUGUUUCGGAGGGAAAUGAACAGGAAUACAGGACAGUCAUCGGGGACUUUGUCAGCUGGUGCAAGAUCAACCAGCUUCAGCUUAAUGCCAGCAAAACAAAGGAGAUGAUUGUGAACCCCAGGCGGAAGACAUCCCACUUCACACCAGUGAACAUCCAGGGACUGGACAUCGAGGUGGUGGAGAACUACAAGUUCCUGGGGGUUCACCUGAACAACAAACUGGACUGGUCCACCAACACCCACGCUCUCUAUAAGAAGGGUCAGAGUCGCCUUCACCUGCUGAGGAGACUGAGGUCCUCCUGUGUGGGGCUCUCCUCAGGACCUUCUACGACUCUGUGGUGGCCUCAGCCAUCUCCUUCGCUGUGGUCUGCUGGAGAGGGGGCAGCACUGACAGGGAUAGGCAGAGGCUCAACAAACUAAUCCGGAAAGCGAGCUCUGUCCUGGGCUGCCCCCUAGACUCCAUUGAGAAAGUAGGUGACAAGAGGAUGUUAGCUAAGCUGACAUCCAUCAUGAACAAUAACUCUCACCCUCUGCAUGACACUGUAGGAUCUCUGAGUAACUUCUUCAGCAGCAGACUUUUACAUCCUCGCUGUAAGAAGGAGAGGUUCCGCAGGUCCUUCAUUCCAGCAGCUGUCAGACUCCACAACUCCUGCUCUUCCUGACCAUGUGCAAACUUGCACUUUUUCAUGUACAUAUCGUGUGUAUUGUGUAUAUUGUAUUUAUUAGUGUAUAUUUGGUGUAUUUUUGAUGUAUAUUUCCAUAGAUGUUUAUUCUAUAGAUGUUUAUUUUUCUGCUGUGGUAAAUGAAUUUCCCAGUUGUGGGAUAAAUAAAGUUAAUCUAAUCUAAUCUAAUCUAAUCUAAUAAAAGUCCUUGCCUUGAACACACCUAUAUGUCCAUAUUUAGUAGUAUUUAUAGCACCACCUCUAGGCAAUAUGUGGUAUUAUGAUUUACUUUUUCAUUUAUUAUUCCUAGAGAGUUGACCUGGCACUCAAUAAAACGGUCAGAAAAUAAUUUGUUGAAUAUGCUGAUGCUUCAUGGAUGUCAGUUUUGAGUUUUCACUUAAAGGCGUCGCUCUGGCGGCAUGUCAAAUAUGUAACAGGAAGUGGCUUUAUGUCCGUGACGUAUUGUCUAAUUCCAAGAUCAUGGUUGCUUUAUUGUCAUCUUCAGACCAGUGCAAUUCUACAGUGCAGAGCUUUUGAGUCUUCGUUAAAAGGGCCUGCCCGUGGCAGCACAGCGACUUUCGAUCCUUCGGCAUGAAACAGGAAGUUGCUAUAACUCCAGCAUCCAUUGUCCAAACAAGCCAAAACUUUAUAAGUUUGAUGAGACUCCCACCCUGAACACAUCUACAUGCUCAUCUUUAGUAAUACUCAUAGCGCCACAUAAUGGAAAUAUAGGAAGUGGUUUAUAACUCUGUGAUACUUUGCCCAAUCUUCCCCAAAUUUUACAUGUUUGAUGACAGUCUGACACUGAAGACAUCUGCAUACUAAUAUUACACUAUAUUCACAGCGCCAACUACUGAAAAUACAAAGUAACUCUUACAUGACAAUCAUAUCAUUUACAUGACCUUUUUGAGUGUAAGGUCUGAUCUGGUGUAGUUUUGGAUGUUUUCUUAUCUUAGUCUACAUUGUGCUCACAUGGUGCCUCUUCUUAGUUACAGCUGAGUUUGAUAGAAGGCACAGACAAACUGACUUAAAAAACUUGGUUGUGAAUAAUGAAGAUGCCAUCUGGAAUGCAUGGGGACUUGUAAGCAACAGUGUACAACAGCAACUUUUUCCUCUUGGGACUCCCAGACGGGUUCAUCCAACAGCUCUGAUGGUUCAUGGAUCAUCAUGUAAACUGAAAAUAUAAAGGAGCAAGAAUAGAACACUGAGGAACCCCAAAAGUUAUUACCAACACUGUGAAUGGGGAUGACGUCAAUCUCUAAACACAACUACUUUAUAAAAUGAUAAUAUCAGAUGUUUUCUUUACAGCUUGUUCUGAUGCAUAAAGAAGAAUGAGAGAAUGAAAGCAGCUAUGUUGAUUCAUAAUGUCAUUAAUACAGUGGAAUAUAAAAACUGUGUCAUGUGUAAUAGUGAUUUGUGACUUUAACAGAUAGGUGAGCCAAGCUGAAGAACCAGCCACCCCCUCUUGUCUGUAGCUAGCUUUAGCUAGUCACCUGUCAAAGGUCCCAGGAUCAUCCACAAUGUGCAAACAUUCAAGAAAAGUUGCUCCCCUUUCUGACAAGCCCAACCUUUAUCAACAGGACACAGUCACGCCCAUGAAGAUGUCAGAAAAUGAAGCGACAGCUGUUCAGGAAUGUACUUUGGGUCAAACUAGCUAGCUUCCAGAGUCAAUGGCCUGCCACAGGUGGGCAGUAAAUUACAUGUUAAUGACACAGGCAUCAGAUCCUUUAUGAGACACACAGCUGUUCUGAUAUCAGAUGUAAGGAGAGCUAUCACUUCCAGCUAUUUGUUGUCUUUACUGUUAAACUCCCUUAACUUUAAAUUAAGACAAUUUAGAGGAAAUUUAAGGGGGUGGUUAUAGUAUUAUAAAUGGACUGUAAAGUAUUUUUAUUUUGAGUUUAACAGCACAACUGAGGGGUGUUUUAAGGGGU